AUGUAUUUACAUGUCAAAUCUAAUAUACAACUGGGAACUUUCCAAUUGCGAAAACGUAAUUUGCGCUUGAGUGAGACAUUCCUUGAAGAUCUAAAUAUGUUGCCCAGUACCUAUGAGAAGGGAGAGUAUUUUACAUUUCUGGAAAUAUAUGGAACUCAUUAUUCACAGAGAGGAACCAUUGGAGGAAAAUAUGAAUUAAUAUACGUGCUGGAUAACCGAACUAUGACAUCACAACGGAUCACUACAAAAGAUGUAAAUGAAUGCCUAGGCUUUAAUUUAAAUAUUGAGGCCAACAUAUUUUUCGCAGAAGUCAAAACGAAGAUUAAAAAUGAAAAAUGUAAAAGGUUACAGUCAGAAAACGGUUCUGAGAAUGAAAAAAAAGGCAUUAUCCAAGAUAUAGUCUCUCUGAUUCAAGGUGGAACAACAGCUACUUUAACAAAGCUGAAUGAAAUGCUUUCUUCAAAUGUCAAUUCAGUUGAUGUUGAACAGUAUGUUGAAUGGGCUGCUACAUUACCUCAAGCUCCUGCUUUGAUCAAACAAGAGAUGGCCCCGAUUUCUGAACUUAUCCCACUGAAUAUCCCAGACUCCCGACUAAAGAAAGUAAAUCUGGACAGAGCUGUAGAGGAUUACGUGGCUGAAUACAGCGUAUGCAAAUGCAAACCUUGUCUACACGGUGGAACGGUGAUCCUGAUAGAAGGGAAGUGUGAAUGUGCUUGCACUCCAUUUUACAAAGGAGAAGCCUGUGAAAUACCCACUUCAGAUUUGAGACCAGCUGAUACAGCCAUUCAUGGGAGCUGGAGCUGCUGGUCUAACUGGUCCACCUGUCAGCAAGGACGACGCCAGCGAACAAGAAAAUGUAAUAAUCCUGCCCCUGGAUAUAGGGGCAGGUCAUGUCCUGGCGCAAAUUUAGAACCAGGCCAUUGUUAAUUUCAGAAGAUAACUAACAGACGUUGCCAAUAUUGAUGACUGAUGUUCCAUUUAAACAACGGCAAACAGAUUUUUCUAAGUUUAUAUAGCAAUGGGGGAAAAACUGAAGAAUUAAAUAUAAAUUGUUGCAAGUUGCUAAACAUAGAAAAUGUUUGGGUUUAUCAGAUUUAGAAUUGUAUUCUGGUGCUUCUUGUUUGAUCUGGCUGAAAGUCUGGGUUACCAUUAAAAAUAAGAGAUUAGUACAACUGGAUGGCACGCCUACU